UGGGACUGAUCAGAAAGUGGUUGAAUGUUUUCUGCUUUACCGAAUGCCCGAUGUCGCUUGUCUGUUGGAAGACCUUGUUGGCCUACAAACAACAUGCAAAUCCUUUAGACGGUCACAAUUUUUCUGCCUCUCCUUAUCCUCUCUUUUUUUCCUGUUUUUUACCCUCACAUAAUCUGGUCCAAACCUUCCUUGACUUAAAGGAUGGACCCUCCAGAUUCCCUCGAGAAAAUCUUCCAACGUGUAGAGGAGGAAAGCCAAAGGAGAGCCGAGGUUGAAAAUGGCGUGCUGGCAGUCUCAGAGGACAAAAAUAUCGCGGAAGAAAUAGCCAAACCUCUACCCAUAGACGUGCAAAGACUUUCCUCGCUGAAGUCACGACGGCGCGGAAGCGUGUCUAUCACGCGCUUUGGUCAGUUGGCAGAUGACACUUCUCCAAAAGACCCUCCCGCGAAUUCUCCCCCUACAACCCCUACGACCAUCAUAACCGCUUUGGCUGCGCAGUCUCCUUUUUACCAAUCUCAAAUUUUGAACAAUAGCCAUGAGUCUAUAGGCUCGCAUGCUUCUGACAACGAGGGGUUCCAUGCGGAGGAUGACAAUCACGUCACCCAGGUGCACAGAAUCGCUGCUCGCCAGACUCUGUCCCGUGCAGUUGGAUCUUUUCUCCCUCGUCGCUUGUCGCGCGCGCGGUCUCGACCCGUAAUCGAGGACAGUGACGGGACCUUGGUUAUUGGUGUCUCUGUGCAGGCUGCAACUGCGACUGUAGAAGAAUCCUCCCCAGCUGAGUCACAUCUUCCGUCUACAACGGUCACGGUUGGCGCCUCUCUGGCCCCCAAGCUCCACUCCAAAGAAUCCAUGUCCAGCCUCAAAAGCACCUCGUCCAACAGUAAUUGGGCCUCCAACAAUACCUGGGUUGCCAAAGCCAAGGAUUUCACAAAGAAAUUACGUCGAAAAAGUGGGCAGCCUCUUACGCAAUCAACUACUUGAGAUUCACAACUCCAGGCUUAUAACCGCUUGCAUUUCGAUCUUCUUGUACAUUCUCUUCGUGUUUCUCUUCGCUUUGCUCAUUACCUGCUCGCUCGCCUGAGUCGUCGUUGCUUUGGGUUCUCGUCGUCGUAAAUCUACACAUUGCUGCUAUUCAUUCCUCUUGCCAUCCACUACGCAUACAGAAUACAUUACUACAUUCAUUGGAAAUCAUCACAAUAUCGCACCAACAAGUUAAUCGUGAUCUUGAAGCUUUGAGUUUCAGUGAUAGUUCGUUCUGCGGCAACAAAUACCGAGAUGAUUGGACGGAGAAUCGAUGGUCUUUACUUUCGGUAUCAACACCAUGGACAACUCCAUUGAAGUACGAAAAUGAAGAAAAUGAACCUGUACAA